AUGCGCCUAGCUCUCCUCCUCACCUCGGCACUCGCGCUUGUCGCGGCGCAGGACGACGUGACGACAACAACGUCGAAGCGGCGCACGUCUUCUGCCGUGGGCGUCUCGACAAUCACGGGGGCGCCGACCGCGACCGACACGUACCGCGUCGUGCUUCCCUCGACAACGUCGACGGCGCCGCCCUCCAACGACCCCACGCCGGGAUACAACGUCAACAACACGGCCGUGACGUACCCCACGUCCAAGGACUGGUGGGUCGUGAACGGCACCGGCGUCGUGGAGUGGAAGUGGGGCGGCGGCGACACGGACAUGAUCUCGGUGUGGCUCAUGAACGACGGCACAAUGUACGGCGGCGCCGUGACCUUUGUCGGCAAGAUGGCCAACACGCUCGGCAGCGCCGGCAACCUGACGCGCAUCGUGGGACUAUAUGACACUGCUAUCAACCCCGGGCAUGGGUACUACGUCAAGCUCACCAAGACUGUUACUGGCCCCAUCGGCGCCAACAACGAGAACUUGGAUACAAUCUACGCCGAGUCGCCCACGUUCGAGGUCAAGCCUGCCGGAAGCAAGCUCACCUUCCCCAAGGGUUUCGGGAGCGGGGCCGCGCGUUCAGCAACGCUAAGCGGCGGUGUGCUUGCGGCCGCAGCCGCAGCCGUCGUCGCCGUGCUCUUGUAG